AAAAGAGCAGCAGAGAGAGAGAGAGAGAGAGAGAAGAGCACUUCAAACCGAGGAAGAGGGAAUUCAACGAGAACGAAGAAGCAGGUCCGGUGCGAGCGAGCGAGCUUCUUCUUCAUCUACGGACCCAGGAGCAGGAUGAUGAACGUGGGCCCUUCUGGUUUCAACAAUGCGCCGGUCUCCCGAGCGUUCAUCGUCGCCACCGGCGCCUUCACCGUCUUCUUCGGGAUCAGGGACCGCGCCAACAAGCUCGGCGUGUCUUACCAGGACAUUUUCCAAAAGAUGCAGAUGUGGAAGCUAAUACCAGCAAUCUUUGCCUUUUCUUCAACACCAGAACUGAUUUUUGGCCUUUAUCUGCUCUACUACUUCAGAAUUUUUGAGAGACAGAUAGGUUCUAAUAAGUUCUUGGUCUUUUCUUUGUUCUCUACAAUAGUAUCAAUGGUCCUUCAAGUCCUCACAUUGGCAGUUGUUAAUGUUCCUUCCUCAAACUUAGUCAGCUCAGGUCCUUAUGCUGUUAUAUUUGCAUCGUUCGUACCCUUUUUCUUUGACAUUCCAGUUUCAACACGAUUUCGAGUGCUAGGCAUCAGCUUCUCUGAUAAAUCUUUCAUAUAUCUAGCUGGUCUGCAGCUUUUGUUGUCAUCCUGGAAAAGGUCCAUCUUGCCAGGGAUUUGCGGCAUUCUUGCUGGUUCCCUGUAUCGUCUCAAUGUUUUCCGCAUCCGCAAGGCGAAGGACUGUCUACAGGAAGUGCACGUGUCUCACCAACUAGGAAUGUUGUGGGAAAUAUUCCAUCUUUUGCGAGUCACCAGCGGAACCAUACUUCAGUGCCUUCCACCGUAGAGCCAUCAGAGGAAUCUGUUGCAACCCUUGUUUCAAUGGGCUUCGACAGGAAUUCUGCUAGGCAAGCACUUGCACAGGCUAGAAAUGACGUUAAUACAGCGACAAACAUCCUUCUUGAAGCUCAGUCUCACUAAUUGCUUAGAGAAAAGUUCUGGUGAUGCGACUCGAACUCUGUUAAUUAAGUUCAGGGGGAGGAUUUGAUGGGUGACGGGAUCUGUUACCUACACAAUAGGCAUUUUGACGAGUCGCUCAAUCUUCUAACUGGAGCUUCUGAAUAUCCUCGCCAUGUCGUUCUUGGGACUUUCCCUUCAUCGUAGAUCCUUCGGUCCCUAUAAGCAGUAGGCAUUUAUUUGCAGCUGAAAGCAAUUCACACACAGCAUGACCGUUGGGAUGAAGCCUCGAUGGAUUUCGCCCAGAAUCAAGACAUGGUUAAUUAUUAUCUUUAGAAGAAUCCCCUAUGGAAAAAACUGUGUACAGUAUUUAUCUGAUUAAUUCUUGUCUUCAGCCAGUGACAAGACAUUCCGCGGGUUGUCGUUUUCUAGAUCGCACAGUGGUCAGUAGUAAAUGUACCUUGUUAAUAGUUUAUGCAAGAGUUAAGUACAAUUAAUGCUGCUGACUGAUAUUGGUCGAAAUCGGAAGGGGGCGUUUCGUGACCAGCUGGAGUUGAUAGGCUUUUUGUGCGUUUCGGUGCUUGAAAAUUUUCAUGGGGGUGGUAACUUCGAUUAUAAAAUUUGCAGUGC